UUCCAUCACUCAUCCCACGACUUCGCCUCCCGCCUGUUCCCCGUCAGGCCAUUCGGCCUUCGCCGCCCAUCUUGUCUCCUCCCUUGUCACUGCUGUGACCACCAACGUAGUUCACAGAUGUCGCCCCACUACACGUGACCACCAAUCAACACUAUAGCGCCGCCGCUGGAUGCUUCUCCCCACGGCCUACACAUGCAACCGUUUAUGCCUUUCCUCAUCGCACAUGUUCAUGGGUUCGUCCUCGAAAUAUCAGAGGAAACAGUUACCAUCCGUGUAAUGGAUGAUCAUCAGUGGUCGUUGGGUUGACAUCCUGAAGGGGAUCCUAUGUUUGAUCAAACGGUCAUGGGACUUUCACGAAUCGUUUAUGCAACGCAUGGAGACAGACGACAAUGACGAUAAAGAGCAGGGUACUGGUGGUUGGCGGAACCGGGUACCUGGGGAAGAGGCUGGUGAGGGCAAGCUUGGCCCAGGGGCACGAGACCUACAUCCUUCACAGGCCUGAGAUUGGUGUGGACAUUGAGAAAGUUCAGUUGCUGUUGGAGUUAAAGCAACAGGGGGCUCAGCUAGUGACUGGUUCUUUCGAAGACCAUAGGAGCCUCGUGGAGGCUGUCAAGCUGGUGGAUGUCGUCAUCUGUGCGAUCUCCGGCGUGCACAUUAGGAGCCACCACAUCCUACUCCAGCUUAAGCUCGUGGAUGCUAUUAAGGAAGCUGGUAACGUCAAGAGAUUCCUGCCCUCUGAGUUCGGGACGGACCCCGCGAGGAUGGAGAAUGCGAUGGAACCAGGCAGAGUGACGUUCGACGACAAAAUGGUCGUCAGGAAAGCAAUAGAGGAAGCACGGAUUCCUCACACUUACGUGUCUGCGAACUGCUUCGCUGGUUACUUCCUCGGGGGCCUGUGCCAGCCCGGCCACAUCCUUCCCUCCAGGGACUCCGUCAUGUUACUGGGCGAUGGUAACCAGAAAGCAAUUUAUGUUGAUGAGGAUGAUAUAGCAAUGUAUACGAUCAGGAGCAUAGAUGACCCUCGGACUCUCAACAAGACCGUGUACAUUCGUCCACCUCAGAAUAUCCUCUCACAAGGAGAAGUUGUCAAGAUUUGGGAAAAACUAAUCGGGAAAGAGCUCAAGAAGUCCUCCAUUUCUGCGGAAGACUUUCUUGCUCUCAUGAAAGGGCAAGAUUAUGCAGAGCAAGUGGGUCUGGUGCACUACUACCAUGUUUGCUAUGAGGGUUGCCUGGCAAAUUUCGAGAUUGGAGAAGGCGGAGUAGAAGCCUGCGAGCUAUAUCCCGACGUCAACUAUACUACGGUGGAGCAAUACAUGAAGCGCUACAUAUAUUUCUAUUUAUGAUCAAUGCACCAAGCAGCCAAUGUGAUCAUUAUCAAGCUCUCGUUUUGUUUGACGUUCCAAGAAAUAACGUGCAAAUAUUUAUUGUUGGGGUACGGUGUGCGGGGUUUAAUUAACCUACUGUAAAGAUCAGUUAUGUUUUACGUUCCAAGAAAUAGCGUGCAAAUAUUUAUUGUUGGGGUACGGUGUGCGGGGUUUAAUUAACCUACUGUAAAGAUCAGUUACAUAUAUAUUAUAUAUACAAAGUUCAACAUUA